GUUGUCAGUUAUUUUAAAAUUUAUAUCCAUUGUUGAUUGUUGAUAUUUUAUCUAAAAAAUGCUAAGAAAAAAGUUUGCCGAUAUACUUCACAAAAUUCAACAAAGUUCCUCGUGUCAUCAAAAAUAUCGGCAUGUAUUAAUUAAAUUAUACAACGAGAGCUCUUUCGAUGAUUUUGAAUGUGAGUUUAUGAGAUGCACGGAAUUAUUAUUUGGAAUGGAAAUUAAACAAAAAAAUAUUCACGCCGAAAGGUCCGUUGAGUUUUUAUCAUCGUUUGUUACCACUUUAGUGAACAGCACGCUGAAAAAACCGGGAGAGGAUUUAAGCGAGGAUUCAAGCGAGGAUUCCGAUCAAGAUGUCGAAAUGCAUCCAUUUUUAAAUGCAGUGGUCAACAACGUUUUACAGUAUCAAAAUUUGGAGCAAAUGUCGGCUCGUUACAGGUGUUGCCAGUUCAUAAAUCUGCUCCUGCGACAGUUAGGAGACGAUGCACAGAUUGACAUGGAUAUUGCAAAUUUAAUUCAGACCGCUAUGCUCGAACGUAUCAUUGACGUCAAACCGAACGUACGACUGCAAGCGGUGAAAGUUUUAGCCCGUCUUCAGCAACCGGACAAUCCCGACUGUCCGGUGAUCCAAGCAUUUUUACACCGCCUAUACGAAAGUAGCGCGCAGGUGCGGAGGGAAGUCGUCGAGUCGAUAGCGUUAAUUCCGUCGAUCAUACCGAAAAUUGUGGAGCGAGUUCGAGAUUCUGACCCUAACGUUCGUUUGGCGGCGUUUCGGAAGUGCUCGUUAGUUGGCCCUAAAAUGAUUACGAUUUCCAAUCGGCAGUUGGUGCUAGACAGCGGUUUUACGGAGUCAAAUUCUUCAGUGAAGAAAUUCUUUUUGGAGGAUACCUUGCCGAAGUGGUUAAACGUCUAUAACGACGAUUAUUUGUUGCUGUUGAAGGGUUUAAAGUUAGAUGCCUACGAAGAGGACUUGAAAAAGACGGAAGUCAUUUCUAGAAAGGUUCUGGAAGUUUUCUUUAAAUCGAAAUCGUUGUCCCUAUUGGAGCAUUUACCUAUUGACGAAAAUAAAUUGAUUCCCAUUGAGCGAUUGAGUAGCGAAACUGCGCUAUUUUGGUGUAUUCUGGCGGGAUUUUUGAGGGAGUCCGAUGAUAAUGAGGAGCACUUAAGCGAAAUUAUGCCAGAAUUGACACAUUUUUGUACUUUCAUUGAAAAAUAUUACAAUGAAACUAAAAGGAAACAGUUAAUGGAGUGGCAGUACUUGGAGUACCAACAAAUUUUGUGCCAACUUCUUAAGAUCGUUAAGGAGUACGACUUGAGUGAUGAGGUGGGUAGGCAAACAAUACAGAAGUUGCUCAUUUACAUGCUAUCGGAUGGAAAAUUUAACGGUUGCGUGAUUACCGAGAUAAUCUUCAUCAUGCAGAAGAUUAAUCCUGCCAUGGAUAGCUUUACUAUCCAAAUUUGCCAUAUCGUCUCCGACAUUCACGAACCGUUAACGGAACAACUCCCCUCGCCGAAGACCGUUUACCAAACCCAGUUUCAGUUGGCCGAGCUGAGAGUAAAAAUAAACGUAUUGAUCGACGAGCGCGAUGAGGCGGUCGCGAAUGCCGAUUACGAUCGCGCGUCCGUUGUUAAAAAGCAACUGAUCGAGCUGAAUCGACAAGUUGAGGAAAUCAACAGCGCCAUGACUUCCCAGAAAAUGGAACGUAAUCCGCGGAACGAUCCGGAAACUCUUUGCAAAUGCUUGAAUAUUCUAAUCGGCCUCUUGUCAAAUCCCAAGUUGACCGUCUUAACGGCCUCGCUUCGUAGCUGUAAGGAUGAAUUUAUACGCCCUCUUUUAUCCAAUGGCGAUAUGGAGGUGUACUCGAAGGCGUUCAAGUGCAUUGCGCUUUAUUGCCUGUUGGAUAAACAACUUGCACAGGAGAAUUUAAAGAGGAUAUGCUUGCCUAUCAUUUCCUAUCGACUAAUGCCGGAGUACGAUAAGGCGUCGUUAUUUAUCGCGAUUGCCGCCUUCUCAGACGUCCUUCGUAAGUAUGGUACGGAGAUUUUUAAUGACGUAGCCGAGAAUACGGUAAUGUCGGACACUGUAAGCAAACGUCGGUUGAACGGAACAAGAAGACUAUUCACCAAUACCGCAAAGGACGACGUUGAUACGAGCGACAUUGACAUGUCGGGUUAUGAGAGUAUUAUUGAAAUUUUGUUGGACAUGCUGGAUGAUGAGAAUCAGGAGUUAAGGGAGCAGUCCGGAAUGGCCUUGUGUGAGCUGGUAAGACAUGGGAUUGCUGUCUCUCCAACGUUGAUAUCUCGCCUCAUUCUAAAGUGGUUAAAUCCUCUCACUGAAAAACACGAUCAGAAGUUACAACAAUUGCUUGCCAACGCCCUAGUUUUCUUUGCGCGAUUUGUGGGCGACGGCGAUGAGUUGCUCGAAAAGGCGGUUAUACCGAUCCUAACGAGUUUAGGCAAUGCGCCCCGUACGAGUCCGCUCGCCGACGUCGACAUCGACAGCGCUUUAAGUUUCAUAGCGGCAAUUACGAGCAUCCAGAAACCGGUGGGUUUCAAUAAUAUUCACAAAAAUCUAGCGUUUGCCGUGUGCGAAAAGAUCGCUCCCAGACCCGACGAUAAGUGCGUGCCUUUAUACGUGAAGAUGUUGCUUCAUCUCGAUCCCGUUUUAAAAGACGCCGUCGUCGUACGAGAGCUCAUUGAUCAAGCACAACUGAUUAUCGAUGAACUAUCUGACAAGUUUGCGAAACGUAACAUGCAAAAGUUUGUGCAUAAAUUGAGUGAAAUAUUGGCAGAUCUGGAGAGAGAAACUGUGGAACCGACUAUCGAAAAUUCACCCCUGCUACAGGUAUUAGACACAAACAGGGAAGAAACCGCAGCAUCCGAGAUGAGACCAAGGCAUUCAAUAAACGAAUCAAAUCUGGAACCAAUUUUAAAAGACAUCCCCACGAAUAACAAUAAUAAUUUAAUCCAGGCAAAAUCAAAUCGAGUAGUCAUAUUGAGUAAUGUACGUGUUGAUAACAUAUUGCCUAAUACUUCCACAUUUCCGAAACCAACGGAUGAAAGUGUAACUACCGACGCGAACGUGGAACUUUCCCAAAAAGUGAACGGCUGCUUGCCAACACCGGCAACAGAUCAGAAUAGGGUGAAUGGGGCACAUAUAUCGAACAACGCCUACGUGAACAUGUGGAAGCAAAAUUUGUUAAGGAGCGAUAAGGAAAAUGAUAUACGAGACGAACAAACGAGCAAAAAAGAGACGACGAAUCAGGUCAGAAAGUCGCUUUUUACCGGCGUUUCAAAUUCUGUUAAAAGGAAAAAAAGACGGACGAGGUCUAGCCUUCAUCAUACAAUGCACAGUGACAGUGACGAGACAAUAUUGCACACGAUAAUCGAGGACAAUUCUCCUAAGAUGGGAAGUUUUCACGAAGACGACAAUAUGUCCAUCCAAUCUGUCUCAUCAGAAGCACCUUCAAACGGCUCUUCUCUCGUAAGACGAAGUUCGCGGAGACCUCAGAAGGUCAUCAUAUCGGAAACGUCAUCGGACUCCGAGGGCCAUCAUAGGAAAAAAAAGGCAUUAAAGAAGACAAGAAGAUUUUCGGUAAAUGAUACAGCAGAAAUAUCUACAACGGACUCGAACCACUCCUUAAGUAUAAUCGACAGUUCGCUAAUAUCGCAGAAGACUCUCACCUCCAAGCGCCCCACUAGGAAAUCACAAAGACGUUCGGGAAACAAGCUGAGUUCGGGCGAUAAUUCAGACAAAGAUCCGAAAUCAGACGCAAGUUUCCGUACAGAACAACCUUCACAAGUACAAAAAUGGCAAGCGCUUGUCAUGUCGGAUAGUUCGUCGGACUUUGAGAAACGUCCGGAAAGAACGCGAUUGUCGCUGAGAAAAACUAUGAGCCGCUUUCCAUGUGAUCAUCGAACAGAUCGGACAGAUUCUGUGCUGGAUGGAAAAAGGCGUAAUCGAAAGCAGCUGGUGGUCAAUUUAAGUAGGAUCUCAUCAGAUUUCGGGAAGAAGGAUUGUGGUAACACAACGUCAUUGCAACAGAAAAUUAGUCAACCACACAGAGGAAUUUUCACAUCCGCGAGUGACUAUCAGAAUACGGUAAAUGUCCACGUGAACAUGCCGCAGGGGAAUUUGUCAAGCAGCCAUAUGGAAAAUGUGAUAGGAAACGAAGGUAAAGCGAAAGACGAUUCGAUGAGUCAGGCUAGCACAUCAAAUUCUGGUAAAAGAAAAACUAGACGGACAAGAUCCAUCAGUCACGAACAUUCGCAAAGUGACGGUGACGAGACAAUAUUGCACACGAUAAUAGAGGACAAUUCCCCUAAGUUACAUUCGGCCAUUAUAAGUGCAGUGGAGCUGUUCUGGAAGAUUGGAAGUCUUCACGAAGACGACGAUAUGUCCAACCAAUCCGUUUCGUCCGAUACACCUUCAAAUGCAUCCUCCCUUGUGAGACGAAGUUUGCAGAGGGUUGAAAAGAACAUCGUGUUAGAAACAUCAUCCGAUUCGGAGGAUCAAGGCAGAAAAACGAAAAAGUCGUUAACAAAGACAAGAAGACGUUCGGAACAUAGUGAAGCAGACAUUUCUACAACGGAUUCGACUGACUCCUCGACUACAAUAGAAAGAUCCCAAACAUCGCAGAAGACCUCGAGCCUUCAACGUGACCGUCGGACAAAACCAGAUUCAACGCCGCAGGGAAAAGGACAUAUUCAAAAACGGUCGGUGGCUAAUGUAGGCAGGAUGUCAUCAGAUGCGGGAAAGAAGGAUCACGGUAACAAAACGCCAUUGCGACAGACAAUUAGAGAUGAAACUUCCGCAUCCGAUACCUCGAGUACGAAUACAGUAAAUGCGGCAUAUACAUCGAACAAGGCCUACGUGAAAAUGUGGAGGCAAAAUUUGUUAUUAACGAACAAUAAGGAAAACGAGAUGCGAAACGAAGGUACAGCGAAGGACGAUUCGACGCCUCGGGUCAGAAAGUCGAUUUCUUCCCGCAUAUCAAAUUCUGUUAAAAGGAAAAAAAGGCGCGUGAGGUCCAGUCGUCAACGUACAAUGCGCAAUUCUCGUAAGAUUGGAAGUUUUCACGAAGACGACGACAAUAUGUCCGUCCAAUCUAUUUCGUCGGAAACAUCUUCAAAUGGAUCAUCCCUUGUGAGACGAAGAGUGCAUUCCGACUCUGCGAUGAAAGGAAAAAGACGUAUUCAAAAGCAGCCCGUGGUUAAUUUAACCAGGAUGUCAUUAAAUCCAAGGAAGAGGGAUCAUUGUAACAGAACGUCAUUGCGACAGAAAACUAGGGUCCAAAACUUCAAUGGAUCAUCUGCAUCACGUACAGAGUCAAGUGAAUGCUUGGGCGCAAACCGUAGUUUGCGAAGUUUUCAAAAGACGUUACGCAAUGCAUCAUAUUUUGAUAACUCUGAGGAAGAAGAAACCUCUACAUCAGAAUUAUGUUCUAGUGCAACCUCCAAAUCCCGAACCGGAAGUACCAGAAGACGUAGCCAACGAAUCAUGGACCAGACUAUCGUUAUAUCGGACAGCGAAUCCGAUUGAGCGUAGCUCCCAUACAGGGUGUUCCAACUAAAAUUUGCAUACGUAACGAGUAAUUCGUUUACUAGAAAAUUAAGAUACUUAAGCAUAAAUUUGUUUGUUCGUUUCAAGAGUUUCAGAGUAUUCAAUAUGUGAAUACUGUAUGUUUUCAUAAUUAGAAUUAGUACAAAAUACAAAGAAGAGAGCAGUUAUGCAAUAGUUUCGUUUUUUAAUUGCGCUAUUGCAUUUUGAAUUGAUUUGAGAGAUUUUGCGUUGUAUAGUUAGUAAUAUUCCAUUUUUUAGUAGUUCAUUAUUCAUUUAAAUGGAUUGCUUUAAUGCAUGGUCUGUAUUUUAUGGUUUAGUUGUAACAGGUUACUUAGUAAUCUUAAUGACAUGUAAAUAUAUCAACGUUUAUAUU